AUGGCACGAGCUGAUGAUGUAGAUGUGGUAGAAGCAAUAUCUAACGAUGAACGGCGAAAUGAUAAUAGCGAUGUUGAGCAGCAGCAACAACAGCAGCAACAACAACAGCAACAGCAGCAACAGCAACAACAGCAGCAGCAGCAACAACAACAGCAGCAGCAGCAGCAGCAGCAGCAGCAGCAGCAGCAGCGUCCACAAGAGAGUAUCGACAAGAUCUUCGACACGGCGAUUACCGCGGGCAACGCAGCUCUGGGUGGUGGCGAGAAUUGGCCGAUUCAGGGCAACGACAUGCCGAAAAUCGUUUCGCUCGAUGUGAAGUGCGAGAAGAAUUCAAUGAAGGUAUAUCUUGGGUUCGACAAACCCUUUUAUGGCAUCGUGUUCAGUAAGGGUCAUUACAGUAAUGUAAAUUGCGUGCAUCUGCCGGCGGGCCUCGGGCGCACGUCUGUCAACUUCGAAAUUGGCAUACACGCGUGUGGUACUGCUGGUAAUACUGAGAAUGGACUUUACGGCUACGGCACGGAGUCCGGGUCAGGCACGUACUUUGAAAAUAUCGUCGUCAUACAAUACGAUCCGCAGGUACAAGAGGUCUGGGAUCAAGCUCGUAAACUCCGCUGCACGUGGCAUGACCUUUAUGAGAAGUCGGUGACAUUCCGCCCCUUCCCAGUGGACAUGCUCGAUGUCGUGCGGGCAGACUUUGCCGGUGACAAUGUCGGCUGCUGGAUGCAGAUACAAGUUGGUAGGGGCCCUUGGGCUUCCGAGGUCUCCGGCCUCGUCAAGAUCGGCCAAACAAUGACGAUGGUGUUGGCAAUCAAGGAUGACGACUCGAAAUUCGAUAUGCUCGUGCGCAAUUGCAUGGCCCAUGACGGCAAAAGGGCGCCUAUACAAUUAGUUGACCAGCGUGGUUGCAUCACCAGGCCAAAGCUUAUGUCUCGAUUUACGAAGAUCAAGAAUUUUGGAGCUAGCGCUUCAGUCCUCUCCUACGCGCAUUUCCAGGCUUUCAAGUUCCCCGACUCGAUGGAAGUGCACUUCCAAUGUACGAUACAGAUAUGUCGCUAUCAAUGUCCCGACCAAUGCUCGGAUUCGGCACCAUCCCUGCUUCAACAGGAUGGUUUCCUACUGGAGAACCAUCGGGCUUCCAUCGGACAUGCCGAUGUAGCGGUUUACGGUAUACCACCGCCACCGAUUGCAUUACCUCUUGAAACUUAUCUUCAGACGGCGGGAGCGGGGAGACCACGGGACGAGCGUCGUCGGAAGACCCGAGAGCUUCCGGCGCCAGCGAAAGCCGUCGGUGUGAACCGCGUCAUCCGCGUCGUCUCCACGGGCGACCUUACUUUCGCCAUCGAUGGAGCAAACUCGAGCGACCCCUCCCCGACGAUGGUCUUCCCCGUGCGCGAUUCCCAAUCAUCCAACGGGGCAAACCUCAUUUGCUUGACGACGUCUGGCUUCGCACUGACGCUCCUUCUGCUGCUCGCUGUGCUUCUUGCCUCUUGUGGUCUUUCGACGUAUCUCUGUAUACGGCUAAGACCUUUCAGGAAGAAGCUUGAUCCAGAGGUCGUCGCUGUUAGGGGUUUUGCUGUCCGCACUAUUGGGACCACCCCGGUCAAGUCUAGCAAUAAGCCCUCUUGUUUUUACUCGUAAGAUCGCGCCUGAGUGCACAUGCA